AUGAAUAGCAAACACUGGUCAUGUCCACUUUCCGAUGCCGAUGACACGGUUCGUGCCGAAUCGCGAGAAGGUAUGCUUGACUCCAUAGCGACCGCAACGACUGUCGGGGCAGACGCAGUGUUACUCGUCCCUGCUGUUGUCAAUGAUGCGACUCACUACGAAGUGGCGUAUGAACGUUCACAAGCGGAAAUUCGCAAACUGAUUCCAGAGGCAGCCGAAAAAGGUAUCACCAUCGCUAUUGAGAACGUUUGGAAUAAAUUUCUACUCAGCCCGAUGGAAUUUUCUCGGUAUCUCGACGAAUUUGAGAAUGAAACAGUGACAGCCUAUUUUGACGUUGGGAACAUCGUACUGUACGGGUACCCACAACACUGGAUCCGCUCCUUGGGUAGCCGUAUUUCUAAAGUACAUGUCAAAGGUUUCAACGCGAAUGAGAGUCGGUUUACCUAUCUGAUCGAAGACUGCACAAUCGAUUGGAACGCUGUCAUGGUAGCACUUGAAGACAUCGGAUAUGAUGACUACAUGACCGCGGAACUCCCCGUUGACAGAGAUAAUCCGGAAGGCAGGGUGCAUAGUAUCAGCACUGAUAUGGACAGGAUUAUCGCUGGGACUGUUUAA